GCCCAACAAGUUACGACCGGCUGUUGUCCACUUGUUUCGCGACUUUCUUCUUGUUGCUUCCAUUCUUCAAAAAGGGUUUUGGCUGUGCAUAUUCAUCUUUGAUCUCUGCUUCCAGCUGGAAAAAACAAUCUUCCAGGGUUGUUUCUCGUCACAGCAAAAUGGGGUUCUGGACAUUUCUUGAAGGUUUACUGCUCUUUGCCAAUGCAUUAGCGAUUCUGAAUGAAGAUAGGUUCCUGGGUCCAAGAAGAUGGACUUUGGCAGAAUUUCAAAGAGGGAGAAGAAAUACACUAAAGGGACGGAUAAUUGGACUCGUACAUGCUUGCCAAUUCCUAAGACUGCCACUUAUACUGUUCAAUAUCAUCACCAUUGUAAUCAAGUUGUUCACCGGUUAAGCCACUUAUCAUGUAUGUACAAUACUCGGAAAUAGUAGAAUAAGAGAGAACUCAUGUUCUGGUGA